GUGAACCACCUGAGCUAUGAGGCCGUCGUACAGCACCUGGACAACCACUUCGAUCCCCAAGUCAACGAGAUAGCAGCAAGCUAUGCUUUUUUCAUGCGGAACCAAGCGGAAAGCGAAAAGGUACGGGACUACAUAACCGACCUGAGACGUCUUGCAAAAGAUUGCAGUUUCGACAAGUUUUUGGAUCGCAUGUUGAGGGAUCGGAUUGUCUGCGGAAUCCGUGAUGAACAAGCUCGACGACACAUGUUGUCUCAGAAGAAGUUGACCUUGGCGGAGGCCGAAGCUUUCGCUCUAGCAGCGGAAACCGCAGAAACAAAUGUCCGGGCUAUGCAAGAGAGGAGGUUCAACGACAACGGUGCUGCGAACUUCAUACAGAAGCACAGGAUAAAUCCGCAGAAGUCCGGACGUGGACAUGGAUCCAUGACCGAGGCUACGCAAUGCCCGAGAUGUGGCUCGAUUCAUGUUUCGGAAGUGUGCAGACACAAGAAAGCGACGUGCUACAAGUGCGGCAGGAAGGGACACCUGGCAAGGAUGUGCUCUAGUGGUCGCGCUAACCCCUCAGGCACGUACGCUGUGAAAGAGCUAGACGGCAGUGACGAAAGCGGAGAAGAAAUGCUCUACGCUUUGGUGACUCACAGCUACAGUAGUAACGAGUCCGCACGGCCAUUCGAAAGGGAUUUCAUCUGGGAAGGCCGAAAACUGCGCAUGUUGGUGGAUACAGGAUCCACUAUCAGCGUAAUUCCAAGGACGGUAUUCGAAAACCAUCGCGGAUGGUGGCCGACACUGGAGAAAACUUCACUGCGGCUGACAUGCUUCCUGGGGCCUCUACCGGUCCUUGGCCGAGUGGCCAUGAAAGUCGAAUGCGAUAAUACGCAAGUAGACAGCUCGCUGGUGGUAGUGGAUUGCGACGGGCCUCUGUUGUGCGGCCGGAACACCAUCCAAGCCUUUCGGAGUGCUGGCAUACCGCUACUGGAAGAAUGCGCGCCGCAGAGCGUAAAUGUGGUUCACUGCGACGCAGCGACAGCGAAACUUUUGGCUAAAUUUCCAGAAAUUUUCGAGGAGAAGUUGGGGUGUUGCAAGGGGCCGCCCGUGAAACUACACAAAAAGGAGGCCGCUGUACCACGCUUUCUCAAGGCUCGACCAGUGCCGUACGCGCUUCGGGAAAAGGUGUCUGCCGAAAUUGACCGCCAAGUACAGGAGGGAGUGCUUUCACCAGUGAGAGUUUCCGAGUGGGCUACGCCCGUCGUGCCCGUAGUGAAGCGAAACGGUGAUAUUAGACUGUGCGGCGACUUCAAGCUAACCGUUAAUCAGGCGACACAUCUGGAACAGUACCCGUUACCGAAAAUUGAGGACAUCUUCGCAUCUUUGUACGGGGGGGAGUUGUUCACCACUUUGGAUUUGCGGCAUGCGUAUAAUCAACUUCCACUGGACGACGAGGCACGAGAAAUGGCCGUGUUGAACACACACAAAGGGUUGUUUGCAUACAACCGCCUCGCGUUCGGAAUUGCAUCGGCUCCGGCUUUGUUCCAGCGCCGCCUCGAGUCCGUUCUGCAAGGCCUGCCGCGCGUCAAGGUGUACUUGGAUGACAUCAUUAUAGCCGAAAAGCAGAACGACAACUCAACUCUCCGGCAAGUCUUCGAGCGGCUGCGCGACAAUGGACUCAAGUUGAACCGUGACAAAUGCAGGUUCCGCGAGAAGCAAGUUUCGUUUCUGGGCCACAAGAUCGACGCAACUGGCCUGCACCCUCCUGAGAAUAUGGAAGCCAUCACCGACGCACCAAGGCCGGAGACGGUGAGCCAGCUAAAAUCCUUUUUGGGAUUGCUCACUUAUUACGCCAAGUUUUUACCUAACCUUGCAACCACGUUAGUCCCACUCUAUAGGCUGCUGGCUAAAGGAGUUCGAUGGCAAUGGAAAGCCGAACACGAGAAAGCCUUCCAGGCAGCCAAGCGAGCUAUGGUGGCAGCGGAACUACUCGUGCACUACGACCCCGAAAAGCCGUUGCGGCUUGAAUGCGAUGCCUCGCCAGUUGGAGUUGGCGCGGUGCUGUCACACCGAAUUGGGAAUACAGACUAUCCCAUAUCGUUCCGUUCGAGGGCACUGACACCUGCUGAGCGGAAUUACUCGCAAUUGGAGAAAGAAGCAUUGGCUUUGGUGUUCGGCGUUACUAAGUUUAGAGAUUACCUGUUGGCGAAGCAUUUUACUCUGGUGACGGAUCACAAACCAUUGACAGGACUGUUUCACCCGGAGAGGCCGAUACCGCAAAUGGCAGCAGCGAGAAUUCAACGAUGGGCAUUGCUACUGUCGGCUUACCAUUAUGACCUCGAGUACCGCCAAGGACAGCUAAAUGCUAACGCAGACGCUCUCAGUCGCCUUCCACUGCCGUGCUUAGGUGACCGAGGAGGGCAAGAACCCAUGGAAUACGUGCUUUAUACGCGGAGCCUAAAUUCCAUGACCCUUUCCGCUCAGCACUUAGCGGAACUGAGCCGAUCGGACGAUACGCUGCAUCAGAUCAGGGGGUGGAUCACACAUGGCUGGCCGCGGCAGUUAUCGGUAGCACAGCAACACCUGAUGCCGUACUUUUCUCGCCGUAAAGAGCUCACGGCCUGUCACGAUCUGCUUUACUGGGGCCAUCGAGUAGUGCUGCCAGACGCGGCGCGACGAUGCAUGCUAAAGGAACUGCACGAAAGUCACCCCGGUAUCAGUGCCAUGAAGCGCACAGCGCGAGCGCUUUUUUGGUAUCCUGGACUAGAUAGGGACAUCGAAGUGUUGGUUAAAAGCUGCCCCCAGUGCAUACAAUGUUGGCCCAUGCCGGCUGCGGAAGUUCCGCCUCCAUGGCCGGCGAGCAACAAACCAUGGUACAGGUUGCAUAUAGACUUCGCGGGCCCCAUCAGUGGCUUCCAAGUUUUUGUGUUGGUGGAUGCCGAGACGAAGUGGAUUGAGGCCAUACCUUUGAAGACCGCCACAGCGGAAACGACCAUUGAGGUACUUCAAGGUAUUUUCGCACGUUUUGGCCUGCCCUACUGCUUAGUGUCUGAUAACGGACCACAGUUUUCAAGUGCCACUCUGUCCUGUUUCUUGAAGGAAAGCCAAGUGAAACACAUCAGAACAGCCCCAUACCAUCCUCAGUCAAAUGGUUUGGCGGAACGGGCUGUACGGACAGUAAAGGAAGGGCUUCGGAAGAAUCCGGCAGGUACAUUGCAGGAGCGACUAAUCAAGUUUUUAUUUCGUUAUAGAACGACACCAUUGGAAGGGGGAAAAUCGCCCGCCAAACUGCUGUUGGGCUUCCGUCCCCGAACCAGGCUGACAGCUUCACUGACAGACAAAAAGGUGGCAGAAAAUGAUUGUUCCGGUGAACCUGUUCUAGGAGCAGCAACAACACCAACACGGUAUCAACCUGGCAGGCAAGUAUGGUCACGCCAGUUUCAGUCUGCUCGGAAGUGGAUGCCGGCGACAGUAGUGUCCACGACGGGAGCACGCAUGGUUACAUUGGAAACACCGGAGGGACCGCAGCGGCGCCACGUAGACCAACUCCGGCCACGGCUCGGCACAGGGUCGUCACCAAGCAAGCCGAGCGAAGUCCACACCGGCGACGAAGCUCAGUGUAGCGCCGAGCGGGCCGCAGCUCAUGAAGGUUCGCACGCAUGGGUUGUCGGCUCUCCAGCCGAAGACCAACAGCCACCACGUCGUUCGACUCGCCUACGGAAGCCCCCAGACCGUCUCACUUACUCCAGCUUAGGGGGAAGAGAUGUAGUGUUAUCGAGCACGCGUGAUGUAGCGUUAUCAAGCCCGCGUGCUGAUGUAUAGCAUGAGCAAGAUGGAUUACACGUGUCGCACUCUUGCUAUCAUGUCCAGUCAUGUGACCUUUUCUGUUUCGUUAUAAAACUAACGACACCAAGCAAUAAAGCGUUCUUUGAUCUGCCACUACCCGCCGGCUACGUUCCGUUACUUCAGCUAUGUCAAUGUGCUGGCAAGACAAUUUUCUCAAUGGUGACCUGCUGCUUCGGCCAUGACCUGUCUUCAUGACAUUUCCAUCAAAGAGCAAGUACUAUCAUGCACAAAAGUACCUUGGAAGUGCAGGCAUCGACCAAAUUGCGUCUCUGCGUUCAAGAUCACUGGAAACUGUGGGUCACGUAUGGACAUUCCAAACGCAGAUUUCAGCUCGGCUGAUCCCAGCAGAUAUCGCACCAAUAAAAUUCUGUUGACGCUCGCG